GAGAGUCCCAUCAGAAAUCAGCUUAGUUAUAGAUAUGCACUGGUGUGGAAUAGCUGUGAAAUAGCUGUAGUCUGGGCGAGAGAGUGGGGGUGUAGCCUGUGAGCCUAUGGUAAUGAGAGAGAGAGGGGGAGAGAGAGAGAGAGAGAGAGAGAGACGCGGGUGGACAGUGUGAUGCUGUGCGUUAUCUACUGGCUAAAUGAGGGUUGUCUUUCCCAGUUCAGGCAGCAGGGCUUCUCCACCCUUCCAGCGAGGAUCUGUAAUUUACACGACAAAAAGCACGGCGCCUGUCGGAUCUCCAUUGGACUCUGCGCUGGAUCUCCAACAGCGCCACUGCUGCUGCUGCUGCUGCUGCUCCAUCAUCACCACCAACACCACCAAACGCGCAACGCCAAAGGAGGAGGAGAAGAAGAUCUGAUUUCAGUGCCAUGUGCAGAGCGACAUGUAUGUGUGAAUUCAUGCGGUGACAGCGGAGUGGGAAUGGAGCAGUUGUCAUCAAAUUCCUGCAGACGCACCGACGGUGAUAAAGGGGAGGCUGUCGUGUAGAGAGAAGACCUUCAUACGCAGCAGCCAAUCCGAGAGAUUCAUUUUUAUUGCCAGCGAAAAGGAUCAGUGGUCAGGUGUCGCCUUUCAUUUCAACCACAACAAUGGGGGAGCAGCCCAUCUACAGCACACGGGCCCACGUCUUCCAGAUUGACCCCAACACCAAGAAGAACUGGCUGCCCACCAGCAAGCAUGCCGUCACCGUCUCCUACUUCUACGACAGCACGCGCAACGUCUACCGCAUCAUCAGCCUGGACGGCACCAAGGCAAUAAUCAACAGCACCAUCAGUCCCAACAUGACGUUCACCAAGACCUCACAGAAGUUUGGCCAGUGGGCGGACAGUCGAGCUAACACUGUCUACGGAUUGGGAUUCUCCACUGAGCAUCAUCUAUCUAAGUUUGCAGAGAAGUUUGCAGAGUAUAAAGAAGCAGCGCGGCUCGCUAAAGAGAAAAGUCAAGAAAAGAUGGAAAUGGCCACGUCUCCUUCACAGGAGUCUCCGGGAGGUGAGCUCUCAUCACCUUUGACCCCGGUGACUCCGCCUAUGGAAACCAUCAACGGCACGGAUGAUAUCUGUGACACGACUCCCAACUCAGACACACGUCCAGAGCCGUCGCAGAACGCGCUGGCCUUUGCACAUAGCCCCGCCAUGACAAAACACUGGGAAGCUGAGCUGGAGGCACUAAAGGGGAACAAUGCCAAGCUAACGGCAGCUCUGCUGGAGUCCACAGCCAACGUCAAACAGUGGAAACAACAACUGGCUGCCUACCAGGAGGAGGCCGAGAGACUACACAAACGGGUGACGGAGCUUGAGUGCCAGAGCAACCAAACCCCAGCGAUCAAAUCCCAGAAGACUGAACUCAACCAAACCAUAGAGGAACUGGAAACUACGCUAAGGGAUAAAGAAGAGGAAAUGGAAAAGCUGAAAGAAGAAUUGGAAAACAUGAAUGACCUGAUGGAGCAGAAAGACACCCUUACCCAGAAACUCGAGGAGACGGAGCUACGCAGUCGGGUACUGGAGGAGCAGCUGGCGGGGGCCGAGCAGCGGCUGGAGGAGAAUCAGGAGGAGCAGGAGAAUUUCAGGAAGAGCCUGCGGACGCUGCUGGAACUGCUGGACGGCAAGAUCUUUGAGCUGACGGAGCUCAGAGACACCCUGGCCCGACUCAUAGAGGAGUCUAGCUAGAGACGGAGCUGCCUAAACUUCACAGACAGAGCCAUAUGAUAGUUUACUCCCCACCUCACCCACAUUACCCAGCAUACCCACCUUCCUCCUACACCCUAGAAAUAUAAAAGCUGAGACACUACACUGCCCCCAAUUCUGAUUUUGCUCAAAACGGGCAGCUAAUCCCCCAUUUUUACCUUGCAGGCAUCAAGCUCCAACCAACCGCAGGCACUCCCGUAGUUCAAGACAACACAGGGACUACCUCAUCUUGCCUUCUGAUUGGCCGGUGUGGGUGUAACCUCGGUUGAAUUGAUUGCUCCAGUCGUAGAGAGGCCUGCUGUGGCUCACUACAACUGCCCUCCAACCCACACACACACACACACACACACACACACACACACACACACACACACACACACACACACACGGAGUUAACUUGAGAACUGUGCCUCAGUGCCAUCUGCUGUUUGACUAGGAGAGCUGCACCAGAGCUUGCAGCAUCACGUCACCCCCCCACUCCCCAACUUCUCGUCUUCUCUAAACUGCCCCCCAAGGGGAAUGUUGAAAGUCAUGUGGAAAUAAUUGCUGUUAAGACUCAGAGAACUGCGCCAAAGCUGCCAAAUCCCCCCCAAAAUAUUGUCCUCUAACUAGCAGAUGCUUUGAUCCAAAGUGACUUACUGUACAGAGAAGUGCUGAACACAGAGUCCCAUGUAUGAGCUCGGGCUGCCAGCAAAGUGUCGCUGGAAAUAGAGAACUAAAGGACAGCUCUCAACAAUCAGUCUUACCUAUUGGCCUGGAGUGACAUCACUGCUGCACCUCGCCUGGACACGCAGGGCUGCUGGGAAAUUGAGUUUGGUUUACAAUAAGUAUAUGUGAAAAUGAAUGACUGCUAUAUAUCCACAGCCUAUUUAAAACCCUACAUGAUAGAUAAGUAUUGAAUCUUCCAGAGGCAUUGUUCAUGCCACACAUAAAUUUUAGAGGGCAUGCGCCCGCGUUAGAUUUGACAUGAGAAUUCCUGUAUCCAGACUGCUUCCACCAUCACAGACAACUGACCUGUCUUCCUGCCAAACUCAGUGUGGUGUGUGUUACCGAACAAGGCCUGACCUUCGACAUAGCGUGUGCCUUCAAAGCGCACAUAAGUGGACACAUGUUUGUAUAUAAUAUGUGUGUGUGUGUUUUGUGCUGUGAGAGAACGACCCUCUUUUUGGACAUCAAGGCCUACACACACAUGCGCGCACACACACACACACACUGAGCAAUACCAGACAGGCUCUAUACGACACCUCUAUCUAAACUCUAUCAGGUACUCUACUCAGUGGACUCAUGCAGAUACAUCAAAUGCAACUCAGCUGAUCUCCCCUGUCUGACAGAAAGUGUACUACUGUUGACCGCGAACCUGUGUGGCAGCCCUGUCUGGUCAAAGUAGUGCAUCGCGAAGGGCUUAUAGAGUGUCAUCUACGUGUUCGUAAAACUCCACUCUCAGUGAAACUGGCCACAGAUUUUCACUCCUCACGGGUGAAUACAGAACUGUACUCAGUUUCUAUUCUUUUUUUACACAGGAUAUAAUACUGAUGAUAUAAUUAUAGAACUGUAUAAGACACCUUUCUACUCAUGACGGCAUUGUAAAUGAAAGGGAGGAUAACUCAAAUGCAGUAACACCCUGCACUGGCUUAUUGUUGUGUAUUAACCCAUGGAAAAGUAUUGCAUAGUCAUUAUAGAGUAUAUAGUUUGUAGGUAAACAAUGAAAACCUCUUCAAUAUAUAUUCAAAAUUGCGUAACAACACAAUGUAAACGCACACUGUACUGAAAUAUAUUCUUAUAAAGCAGCUCCAGCCCUGGAAAGGUAAAUGAUCCAAGGCUGCAUCUUCAAAUCUCUGCCUUUGAAAUCAAAGUCACUCAAUUUCUUAAAAUCUUUGUCCUCACAUGAGAUGCUGCAACUUCUAAGUUCUUAUCUUACAUUACAAUUGAGCACCUUGUUUGCACUGUGUUAUUACACUGUUGUAACUACAUUAUAUAUCGACAGAUUUGCAUUAAGUACUAGCACAGCAUAAUUCUGUACCUAAAAUAUUGUCUGUAGUUAGCUACACAGGUUAAUACACUGGAAUAAGACCCAUGUAAAGGGAAAUGUUACCCACUUUUUUUCUUUCUGGUUUAACUUUGACAGUCGAAUGACAGAGAUGGAAUACCUUAAUAUUAAUGCUAUUGUUAAUGAAUGCCUUUGUACAGUAGUGGAUAAGAAGCUUUUCAUUCUCCUGUUUUGUAACUUAUGGUAUUUAAUGUAGGUAUUAUUAUUGUAUUUAGAGGUAUGAGAAGACUGGCAAUAUUUUUGACUAUUUAAAGUAAUUUUGAACUCAUGACAUUAAAGAGGUACCUCAGGCUAAUGAUGUUUGUAGACUGGUGAGACGUGUGUGUUUGCAGGUGAAAGGAUUUACCAAAUGCUGGUGAAAAAGAUCAGGAGACACACCUGUUGGUGCUUCAGCCAAACUAAAUCCUUUGUUGAAUUCAAACAAAGACAAAGAACACACCUCUGUGAACUGAGAAAUGUUCUGUUUUAUAUUCAAAUACAGUGACCGCAGAA